GUGUGCGAGCGGGCGGUAGGACCCAGGGGAAUCUCUUGUGUGCGGCUGUUCUGUCGGGGAGUGCGGGAGCCGAGAGGAGAUCGGGAGCGAUAGUGUGAGGCACGGUACAGCCCACUGGAUCAGCGGAGAGUUUGCACCAAAAGGCGCGAUGAGGGAGUCACGCUUCAGGGACAACUUCUGGAGUACAGACAUAACCAGCACGGUUGGCUAUGACAAUCUGAUUCAGCACAUGAACGAUGGGCGGAAAACCUGCAAAGAGUUGGAGGAUUUCAUCAAACAGAGGGCUUCCAUCGAGGAGCGGUACGGGAAGGAUCUGGUUUCAUUGUCAAAGAAAGUGUGUGGACAGAAUGAGCUGAAUACACUGAAGAGGGCGUUCGAUGUCUUUAAACAACAGAUGGAAAACGUAGGGUUAUCACACAUCCAGCUCGCAAGCAGCUUACGGGAAGAAAUCCGAAAACUGGAGGAGUUCCGGGAAAAACAAAAGGAUCAAAGAAAAAAAAUUGAACAUUGCAUGGAAAACUUGCACAAACAGAAGACAAUGUUCUACAAGAAAACUAUGGAUUCCAAAAAGAUCUACGAGCAAAAAUGUAAAGAAAAGGAUGAGGUUGAACAGAUGUUGAUUCGAAGUGCCGGUGUCGGCAACACCAAGCAGCAGGAGAAGCUGCAGACAAAGGCAAACCAGAGUAAGCAGAGUGCCGAAGAUGCCGAUCGACUAUACCAGCAGAAUGUCUCCACUCUGGAGAAGAUUCAGGAGGAGUGGCAAAUGGAGCACAUCAAGACCUGCGAGUUCCUUGAGAAACAGGACUGUGAGAGAAUACACAGCAUUCGUAAUGCUAUGUGGGUUCAUGCCAAUCAGCUCUCCCAAGAGUGUGUGACCAGUGAUGAGAUGUAUGAGGAAAUACGGAAGGUGUUGGAACAGUGCAACAUUCAGAAGGACCUUGAAUUUUUCAUUGACUUGAAAAGAACUGGAGACAUGCCACCAGCCCCCAUCUUAUAUGAGAAUUAUUACAGCGGACAGAGAGGAGGGCUUCUCCAGUGCCGAGCUCCUGCGAACCCAAGACGUAUGCCUCUACCAAACCCUGAGAAUUCAGCAUCUGAACCGCAAUAUGCCACUGUUGCAGAAGAGGGUUAUAGUUUCAUUCGAUACCAUUAACAGUAUUACAACAGCACAAAUGCCAACAGGUGCUCUGUGGUGUUGGAACAUCAACAUACUGGCCACCAAGAGAUGCAAGAUCAUUUGAAGAUGGCGAUUUGUUGUACUACCACAGAAUACAGCCCCUGCUGCCAGAAUUUAUACGUACACAUAUAUAUUUCUACAUCACAACAAUUUGCCAGUAAUACCAAAUAUUUUGAGUUGCAAUAUCAAUUAGGAAGGAAUUGUGAAUCCAUUGUUAGCCCUUCCUCCCUGCACCCCAUGUUAAACUAAAAGACUAAUUCUACAAUGGCAUGUGUUUUUUAUGGCUCUGCUGGUUAAUUCCAAGUAACAGGGAAAUUCUAUAUGGGGAAACAAUUGGAUCUCUACACUAGUGCUGAUGGAUCAAGGGUGGAGAGAUGGUAAGGGUUAAACAAGGAUAAAUAGUACUUGUUAUCCUGGGAUGCUGAAAUAAAUUAUUAGCCUCAACCUAUAAACCUACACAAAGCUGUUGAAGAAAAAUAAGGUGAAGGCUCUUCUUCAAUCAAAUCAUGAACUGAGUUGUUACCUAAAUGCUCAUUAUGCACAAUCUAUUUGAACAUUUGAAAUGUGUAGAUAGGUAGAUAUUAAAAUGGAAGUACAUUUUCCAACCAAAAAUAACAUUGGUUUCUUAAUGGAGCCCUCCAUAUGCAUCAAUAGCAAUUGUUGAGAUAGAGGCUGCACAGUUUGGGUGGAGGGAAGGUGGUUGAACUCAAAAUAACAUAGGUGUUAAUGAAUUUUAUUUGGAAGAUUGGGUAAAAAUCCUUGUAAUAUGUAUUUGUUAUGUUUGAUAAACUCCAUUUAACGGUGUGAACAAAAUGUAAAAUUAACCCACUUUGCCUUCAUAAUUUUGACUAUCUGCAAUGAAGCAUGGGAGGGAGUCCUACUUUAUAAAAGGAAGUAAAUAUUUGCUAAAGAAAAAUGAGUACUUUGAGAAUAUUAGAGAAAGUCAUAGACCCGUCUUCUGCUUUAGGUGAUUUUUUUUUAAAGUCUUUUAGCUAUGUCCCUUGUCUCAUUCAAGGUGGUGCCUUAUUUCCAUUUUGCCUCUGCACCAGCAUGCUGGUAAACUAUCAAUUUAAGUGAGCAAGAUCAGACAAAAGGGACCAUUCAUUUACCUGUCUCUAUAAUUUGUAAGUCCGAUACAUUUACAAGCCAAAUGAAGUUUUAACAAUAUUUUUUGUACCCUGAGCUUAAUUUGUCUAAUCUAAUUUGUUUUUUUAUUAAUAAUGUAUUUGAUUUGAAGGGCUGCUAUCAUUUUUUUAAGGCCAGUUCAAUCCUUGGAUCAACUUCUGUGUUUUAUUUUCUUGUAGUACAUGACCCAGCGACUAGUUAAAAAGAUCUGUCAUUACCUCCCUGUGAUGCUCCCUCUGUGAGACUCCCUCCAUUCACUUUUCCAUUCAGUUCUCAUUAUUCAGUCCAUUUUAAAUAAAAAUGAAUUCUAUUCAAAGCACAGAGGCAGAGCCUUUGAGUAUUUGCAGAGUGGAUUCACUUUAUAUUCAACAGCUCUAGUCAGGGAUUUAGAUAAAUGGGGCCUACUUUAACUUGUAUAACAGCAGGCUUUUGAAAACUAUAAAAUCUAUUUCUAAGCAGCAUCUUAUAAGGAGUAACUGGAAGUCAAAAACUAUGGUAAAUACAGUUGUGCAAAUUUGUUUGUAAUAUUUUUGUAAACAAGUUACUGAUGAUUAGAAUAAAAACACAAAAUGCUGGAAAUAAUCAGUGGGAAAAGAAAUAGAGUUAACAUUUUGUGUCAAAGCUCAUCAGCAGACUGUUGUAGCAGGUAUGGUAUCAAUUAACACUUGAAUACUGUACAAGAUCCACGCCCUUAGAAGAAAAAAGGAAAAGCAGCAGCAUUAGCAUUAGUGGGUUGGCCAUCUCAGGUAGAGUUUAGUCUAAAGACGUGAGGAUAAAGCACCAUAGGUACUGCUGAAUAUUAAUAACUCACACUGAAAUGAUCAUUCUUUUGUUUCAAUGUUGUGUUGUUACUUGCUAGCUAAACAUUAUUUAUUUUGAGGCUUGAGUUUUACGAUAAAGACAUGGGUGUUUUUUUUUUGUGGAAAAUCAAUUGUAGUCUUUA